AUGGAAUUCCAGGUUCAAGGCUCCGUCCUGGUGGACGGAGAGUGGGUCUCAAGAUCUGCUGAUGUGUAUCAGAUCAUGUCGCGACAUCAGCAGCAGGAAGACGUCGAAAUGGACGACGUCGGCAAUGAUCGCCCCCAUGUGCCUUCAGAGGUCGGCAUACUCUCCAAGACGGUUGUCGGAAGUCCUCUAUACAGUACCAUAAUACCGGCCAACAUCCGUCACAAAGAUUUGGAUGACGUGAUUUUCAUUGGCGAGGAUUUCGUCCAGCUCAAGGAGAUCUGCGACUAUGGACAUCUUCGGCACAUUGCAACCAAGUCUGACUUUAAGGGCAAAAUUUUGGCAGCCAGGGCAUUUGGCGAUCCCCGGAAGGUACAAAUCAACACCUCCGAGCAAAGUCCGCUGCUGAAAAGGGCUUCUCUCCACCGCGCACGAAGGUCCACAACAGGGGAAGAAAUGAACACUCUGCCUCUCGAAGUGAUAGUACUGACUCUCAGCACGAGGGCACUCAUGUUCUUGUGGGCAAGAGAUGACCAUACGAACCCAGCCACCUUUGCUCAGAAGACUAUCCGACUACCAACAGCGGCGUCACGGUUCAAUCGACCGGGCCAAUUCCUAGCAAUAGAUCCACGAUGCCGCGCUAUAGCUGUAGCUGCUUAUGAGGGCACCUUCAUGUUGUACAAAACGAAAACGAUGGAAAUUUGGCGAAGUGAUAUGCGAGCGGGACAUGACGAGGCCCCCAUAAUUGAAGAGGCACAGUACGCGAUUGAUGGGCGCAUCAUGCACAUGGAGUUUCUUUCGGCAAGCGACGAUGCUCACGUUGUUUUGAUCUUCAAUCUCAUUCACGAAGGCAAAACCAAAGUCGCUUCGUACGAUUGGGACUUUCGAAAUAGCCUAGACACGAUGCCUAGGAUAACCAGGUCUGUCCUCGAAUUUGGUAAGGACAUGCUGUCCGUCAAAAUUACUCUUUCAGCAAGGAGACUGACAUAUCCAGACAACCGUAAUCCAUCGCUCCUGAUUCCCGUCAGCCGCAGUACCGAUUUCCUGCUCGUACAAAACGAACAUAUUUCCAUAUGCAAAGGGGUAUUGGCCGGGCCUCCAGUAACAUCGAAAUACCCCAUACCUACACGUUUUCUAAAACAGCUGCGGCCAGGUAGCAAUAGAGGCAAACCACUGUGGGUACAAUGGGAUCGCGCCCCUCGCAAUCCUGACUUUGUCAAAGAGGCCUUUUAUGUGGCGCGCGAGGACGGCACUGUCAUAUACGUCGAGCUUGGGGAUAUUGCCCAUUCGCUCGAGAUCUCGGAUGCCGGCAGCUGGCCGUACCCAAUAGACACUGCUUUCGCGUGCCUCAAAGCUGAUAGCUCGGAAUUCGCACAGUCGUAUCCCGACGUGCUUAUCGCUGGAGGCUUUGGAAGCGAUGGACACCUAUGCAAGGUGGGUGCGUGGCCGAAAGAAUAUGCGGACAAGGUGCCAUAUUCACAGACCAAUGCUUUCGGAUUCGUGGAGUCGCUACCGAAUUGGGCACCACUGACCGAUAUGUCUGUAACGCGACUUGGCAACUUUCCACUGCCGCACGAUCGGAAACGGGCCAGUAUCUUUGUUUCCAAUGGCAAAGCUCCUUGCGGAGAGGUGUCGCAGCUUCGACAAGGGCUAAGAGCUCUUGUUGAUGAUACUUUCGAAGGGCUGAAGGGAUCUACAGGGCUCUGGAUUGUGGAUCAUGGCAGCACUACCUUUGAUCAGGAGGGCCGAUCGAGGAGACAAGACUACGCGACAUUUGUCGUAAAUGCUCCUCCGGAGACCCUUGUUCUACUUGCUUCUCGUACGCAAGAAGAAGGGUCGUACAGUCAAGGUAGCUUGGGGAGCGCCUGGGACGGUGGAGUAUGGGAGACCGACCAACCAAGCCAGGAUGGUCUUAUACGUCAUGCGGAAACAAUAUCAGCUUGCUCGAUCACUGAAAGUCUGGCCGUUCAAGUCACCUAUCACGAAGCUAGGCUUGUUUCACGCCCACAAUUGAACCAGGUCGGCUCGAUCACAUUCCCCAAUCCGCUAUUAGGAGCUGCUACGAAGCCGGGCGUUCCAUUCAUUGCGGUCGUGUUUUACGAAGGAACGCAGUCCAUCCUUCAAGUCAUACAAGUCUCGAACGAUAAGGCAUUCGAAAGGUCGGUUGAAGACACCAGCCGAUGGACCCUCCCCGAUGACCCUACCUGUAUCGAUAUACUAAUCUCCGAAAACGGACCUCUCAUCUUCGUGGGGAUUAGACAUGUCGGGUUCUCACUCUUCGCAACCAACGAGCAGGGUUCACUCGCACAACUAUAUCAUACCAACAUAUCCUCAGCCGGAGCUUCAGGAUUGCAACAAACGUACGAGAGUGCGGUGCUACUAACAACGCGCGGGCACGAGAAGCUUGUGUGUGGCACAAGGACUGGCUUGUUAAUCUGCGUAGAUCUCGCAAGCCUCGGCAGUGGAGCUUCUGCCUUUCAGUGUAAGUUCGCUGGCCUUUAUGAAGGUAUUUACUUAAUUGCUACAGCGGAUGAACUAUUGAUAACAAGAAUGGGAGAUACCGCUGUGUACAUUACUCCGAACAAAAUCACUACGUCAACGGCAUUUGUAGCUUGCGGCGCGGACUUCUGUCGAAUCCACUUGUCAGACCGCGAUUUCGGCGUACGCAUCGACUCUAUAUGGCUUGACGAUUCGCAAAAUUCCUAUUUGCAGGGAGCCCUCAAUGCCAUAGACCAAGUCCCGUUAACGGCAGCUUCUGGCAAGGAACUCGGUGGCUUUAUCUUCGCAGUGUUUGGAGAUCGAAUGGUCUACGCUCGAAUGGACUAUGAUAUCAAGUGGUCGGGCCAGGCCGCGCCCCCUUUAUCACCAGAAGACGGGAAGAUCAUUCCGCGGAAGCUGUCUACUACGCGCACGACCGUAAAGCUCAUGGUGGCAGAUGACUUACCACAUCACAUGAUUAUAGUCACUAACGAAUUUAAAGAAGAAGGAACAGCUUCACACAAAUACAGGAUCAUGAUGCCUAGCAUCAAGGUCGUAGACUUGCUCAGCGAUGCAUCAAAUACAGAUACCGAGAUCAAGGAUGAAUCCUCGCCUAGCACGCCGAAGAACAAGCUCGAAAGGUCCGAAAUACCUUUGAAGCAUUACGAGCGCGUACAUUCAAUGGUUAGAUGGGUGUUUUCAGGCGCCGAGGAUCGUCAGCAUGCGCUUCUCUUGGUCGGUACCGAAAUUACUCCACCGGAAGGAGAAACCGGAGGACGCAGACUUGUUCUUAAUAUCACCAAAUCCGGCCUCAAAUUGCAAGACAAGAAGCGGUUCGACGAGCCUGUACGCUGCAUAGCCGGUUACGACAGCCAGCAUAUCAUCAGCAUUGUUGGGUAUACGCUGCAAGUAGAGCAGAUAGAACGCACCGAGGCAGCUAGCCACGACUCCCACCUCUGCUUUCGAGUCGAAAAGAUUUACCCACCGCAAGGCGAAACCUUCCAGAUCACUCAAAUUUUCAGCGACUCUCGUCAACGCUCCUCUUUACGCCAUCUGGUCUUCAACGCGGUGGAAAGUCCUGAUCCCAAGCGCCUCGACACACAGAAACAAGCCACCAUUGUCCUCCUGACCGAUAAAACCGCCUCGGUAACCGGCCUCCUUCAACCCAACCAUGCGUCCAGUAAAAGUGCUGCAGCUGGCGUCGUCGAAGCCCAUCCUGCAUCCAAUAAAAGUGCAGCCACCACCAUGUUCGAAGCCUGUCUCCCGCGCUCUGUCGUCCGUAUCCAACGUGGCGAUAUUCGCCCGCCCUGGCGCCGCGUCUACAAUCCAGAUACACUUCAAUCAAUACCUGAGGGAGUCCUCAACGACGACAUAAUCGGCGCUUGCACCGACGGCACCAUAUUGAGCUUCACCACCCUCAACGGACCCGCACUACAUCUCCUCCGCCUACUCCAGAACCUCAUCGAAGCGAAGCAAAAGCGCGACACCGCACUGCAGUUCAGCACCGUCAAGCUGAUGAGCGGACAAACGCACAACCUGCUACAGAACCGAGCAGAGGGUACAAAAGAUAGUAAUAUCAAGGCCAGAGACGUGGAUCCUGAAGUGCAGGGGAGAGGUCCGGCGGCGCCGAGGUUCAGACAUGUUGAUGGAGACGUCUUGAAUAGGUUCUUCGAGAAAGGCGGAGACUUAAGAAGCUUGGUAAGAGAUGGGUGUGACGAGGAUGUUUGGAAGGCAUUCUUGGAGAAGGAGAGGGCAAUGUUGGGAGAGUUGAAUUUAGGAAGAGAGCAAGAGGAAGUUGUGAGAAGGGUGGAGAGGUGGGUCAAGGAGAUUCUUAUGCCGCUGCUGUGA